AUGACUCAAUUAACUACUGUCGAAUACGAUUAUAUCCAAUCAUUUAUUCCUCUUUACGAAACCCGAGGAACUCGAAUUGUUAGCGAUGUUUAUAAUCGAUUGUUUGCAGCUAACCCCGAGAUCAAAUCAUAUUUUGUUAAUCUGGGAUUAUUCACCACAUCGCUGCCUAAAUUCUGGACCCUAUUAAUAUUAGAUGUACUUUCCAAGUUUCCUCAAUGGCAGAACCAUGCCCUUGAAAGUCGACUAUUUGAUGAACUUGUGAUAAAGCAUGUUAGUGUCGGUUUCCCAUCGGAAUACUAUGAACUUAUAGAGCCAUAUGCUUAUGGAGCCUUAGCAAGUGCUCACCACACCACUGUGGAUGAACAUAUUUUUCAUACCGUAUUUACAAAACUCACUAGUUUACUCAAAGAGAAGGAGGAACAAUUGUGUUCAACCUUGCCUUGGAAAGGGUUUGAAAGGUUCCAGGUAACAGGUAUCGUCCAAGAAUGUAAAUCCAUAAAAUCGGUGUACUUUACGCCUGUUAAAACCAAGUUCAAAUUACCUGAAGUUAAACCCGGUCAGCAUAUUCUGUUAAAGGUAAAUCUUGAAGGUGAAGAUCUUGUUCGGGACUACAAUUUAAGUGCCAAUACUUUGGAUAACAAAUGGAGAAUCUCUGUCCGGAACUACAAUGGGAAGGUGUCUUCAUAUAUUCACGGAAGCUUAAAAGUUGGUGAUAUCUUGGACAUUGCAGCUCCUACUGGUAUUGAUGUUUAUGACGAUAAAUUUAAAGCUGCUGCCCGUAGUGAGAAGUUGGCCCUAUUCGCUGGAGGGUUGGGUAUUUUCCCUUGUGUGCCCUUAAUUGAAACAGCUUUGAAAGAGAAAAAGCAUGUUACACUAUUUUAUAGUUCUCACAGUUAUCACCACAGACCAUUCUUUGAUUGGUUAAAGGAUUUGAAGAGAGUUUAUCACUGGAACUUUAAAAUCAGAGAAUACUUUACUGUUAAACCUACAGACUUUUCAACUGAUUCACUUUCAAAUGGUGUUGGAGAAUUGGACGAUCAUCCAAUAAGAAACUUAGAUAUGGAAUACUUAACGAGUGAAUGGGAUUGCUUGAUUGUGGGUCCUCCACAUUAUGCAGCUUUCAUUGAUCAAGAACUACGCAAGCUUAAAGUUGAAAACAUUACCACUUGGAAGUUGGGUUCUGUUAUAAUUGAUGCUGCCCCAGAUCCUAAUGUUUAG